AUGGCUUAUUGGUCUGCAGAAAAUGCCACAAAAGCCUUUCUCAGCACUUUCAAAAUGGGUCAAAAGUCUAAAGAACCAUCUGUUGCUGAAUAUAUUUCAGCAUUAGCAGCAGGAAACAAUGCACAGUUAAUGGUUGUUGCUUGUGCUGCUGCAGCUGACUCAACAAUAUUUGCACUAAUUGCUGCUGCUAAUCAAACUAAUGGAAAUGUUGUUUGCAUUGUUCCCAACCAUGAAGAUCUAAUUGCAUCCAAAAAUUUCUUAGGAGUAGUUUCUAAUGAAGUUCAGUUCAUGACUGGAAAAGUAGCACAAGAAUUAUCGGUGUUAAAUCAAGCUGAUUUUGUGGUAAUUGAUUGCAACCUUGUGAAUCAUAAAGAGAUUCUGAAAUUAGUCCAAAUUGGUGGUUGUAAGGAAAAGGGUAGAGUUGUUGUUGGUUAUAAUGCAUUUAGCUGUAAAGGUUCUUGGAGAUCUAAUGGAUCGAUAACUAAAUUGCUUCCUAUAGGAGAAGGUUUGUUGGUUACAAGAUUUAGAGGAAAUGCUCGAAGCCGGUGGAUUGUGAAGGUUGAUAGAUAUACCGGCGAAGAACACGUGUUUAGAGUUAGACUUCCACAAGGAAAAGUUAUUUAA